UAAACAGAAGCCUUGUGUGUUCUUUUUGAGACGAUACAUUGGAGCUGAUGACUUCCUAGUUCGUGUUUACCUUCCUACUGGCGCUUUCUUCAACAGACCGCUGGUUCGUUAGUCAAACAAGAUUCCACUAGUAUGGGCGAGCUGCACACAUCAUAAAUGUCCCGGCCCGAACGUCUAUUCCCCCCUCCGGCCUACUCAACCAGGCCGCCCCGCGACCCAGAGGACGACCUGUUGGAGGCCCGGCUAGACUCGCCCAACCCGGACAUCGAACUCGCCUACCGCAUCUUUUCUCUCGUCUGCUUCAUGUACACCCCCAUCAUCGUCGUGACCAACAUCUUCUUCUUCCUGGCCAUCGUCAUGUACCCCGGGUUCAAGACGAGCCUGAACGUUCUGUUGAUGAACCUGGCCAUCGCCAACCUGCUGAUGGGCUUCUACUGUGUCCCCCUGUUCGGCUCCAGCUACACAACCACGGCCAGGAAAGAGCUGCUCGGCAGUAAAGUAGGCUGUCUCAUACGGUUCUCCUCCUUCAUAACCUCGGCCGGCGGAUCGUUAUGGUCCUUGUUUUUCAUCACCAUCGAACAGUAUCUGUACCUGAGCAAACCACUUUGCCACCAGAAAAAGAUCAGCAUAGAGAAGAUGCUGCUCUUCAUCGUCUUCUUUUGGAGCAUAGCACUGGCUGUCGGAUCUCUUCCGUUGGUAGGGUUCAACAAUUUCGAGGAGGCGCUCAAGAACGACAUCGCAACUGAGAACUGCAACUUUUUCCGUACGUUAUCUAAAGUUUUUCUGUACGCCACGUUCAUAGGCCCAAGUAUGGGCAGCCUUGCCGUAUCCACUCUCAUAAGCAUAAAAAAUCUGGUCAAAAUAAGAUGGAGACCACCCGCUCAGGAAAACGACAUUGCUAAAAUAGAAAAACCAACACACGGCCGCUCCAUCCACGCUAAAUUGACGGUGUUUCUGCUGGCUGCCUCACUCAUGCUAUGGUCCCCCUUCAUGGUCGUCAUUUACAUGCAGCAAUUCGAAAAGGCUUCGGCGGCACAUUUAGAAAUAUCAAAAACAAUAUCUCUUCUUCUAGGGUUUACAAACCCGUUAAUGUGCUUGCCAAUCUUCGCCAUCUUCAGUGAAGAACACAGGUACGUGUAUGGCCACAUGCUGACCACAAGACCGUGCAAGUGGCACAGUACGCUCAUCAACGCCUACUGCGAGUACCUGUGCAAACCCGUCAAGGCUCCCAGAAACAGGCUCGGGGAGCAGGACCAAGCUGCCAGGGUAGAGAAGAACCGCUUCGUCCCCAACCUGUCUAUAAUACCCGAGUCUACGGCGGGCGAAGAGGCCGAGAGCGAAGCGCACGGCUCUUCCGCGGGCAGCGAACCACUCGUCGAGAAGACCGAGUCCAACGUGGACCAGAACAACACCAGCAAAAAAAGUCACGUGAGUGUGCAGUUCAAAGACAGCGAUCCCCCCGCCAAGUCCUCCAAGGAAGAGGGGACGACCGUGGUCAGAAGGAGCCGUCAGUCGGCAAAAAGUGUGGAGACGAUACUGAGCAUCAUCUUUAAAGGCCGCGCCACGCUGACAGAAGCGGAGAGCAAGAGCAAGAAGAGCGACGACUUCAAGAUGAGCAGCGGGGCGGCCAGACAGCUGCAGGAGCUGGAGAGGGAAGCCGAGAAGUGGAUGGGGACCAGCGUCGACCCGCACCAGGAGAAAAGCGGCAGCGACAGCCAGGGUGACAGCAGCUUCGCCACCGCUAGUCAGGGAACAGAAGACAGCACAGCCAGUGGCGGGGAGGCGGGUGGGAAGUCUAGGGCCAGCAAGGUUUCGGGGAAGGCUUACAUUGGACUGGAGGAGCGGGAUUAGAGGGACGCGACCACAUGAUGUUUUACUAUAUUGUUUCAAGCACUUUGAUAAUCAGUUGAAUUUUUGUUAGAGGUUGUGUUCAAUUUGAAAGACCAGUUGCCUUGGUACAAGCGUUACUGGUUCAGACAUUUUGUAGUUUAUUUUCUCCUUGACUUAACUAAUGGACUGCUGCUUCACCUUGUUUAAAUACUAUAUGAUUUUUAACACUGUGAUUGACUGAAAGAGUAAAUAUUUACCAGCUUUGAGUUAGGGGUGGUCCAGAAAUUCGUCUAUAAAUAAAGAAAAACCCACACCACAACAACUACCUCCCGCCUUCUAAUCCACAAAUCUAACUUUUUUUUUAAAUUUAUUUUUUAAUUAAAAUAAAUAAAAUGUAUAUUCUGUCACAUUUCUUCUAAACUUCCAUAUCUUCAUGUCACCAUUAACUAAGUACAAACUCUCAGCUUUCUAAUGCUUAUGAUGUUUUACGUACAUUUUUAACUUUCUUUUAAUAAACAGUUGUCAUUGCUUUA